AUGCACCGAAUUAAUCAUUUAAGUAAAUCUACUAAACGUAGAAGAAUAUUAAAUGAACAAAUACUAAACAAACAUUUAAUUGAAAUUGAUAGUAUUCCAAAUAGAGAAAAAAUCAAUAAUGAUAAUAUUAAAGUUGUAAUAAAUAGUAGUGUAGACCCUAGUACUAAUGUUUGUGAAUCUUCUACUACAAAUGAAUUGAACACUGCAGUGAUAAAUAUAAACCAUGACACUUUAGAAGAUAAAGCUGAUGAUUGUUCUAAUUUCUCUGAUAGUGAAAGUGAUGAAUACAUUCCGCAGGAACAGCCCUUACCUAGUAAAUUAGCAAAUUGGGCUAUUAAUCAUAAUGUGCCAAAUAACACUUUUACUGAUUUAUUAAAAAUUUUAAAAUAUCAUAAAUGUUUUAAUAAUUUCCCUACUGAUGCAAGAACUAUUUAUCAUAAUUAUUCAAAUGUUUCUUAUAACCAACAAAUAGAUGUUAAAACUGUACCACCUGGUAUAUACUACCAUUUUGGAAUUUCAAAUGGUAUAAAAAAAUACAUUGAUAAAUAUUUUUCUUGUGACAAUAUUAAAUUGGUUAUAGGAGUCGAUGGUUUACCAUUAACUAAAAGUUCUAGCAGUACAUUUUGGCCAAUAUUAGGGUACAUAAGACAAGAAAGCCAAAUAGUAUUUCCCAUUGGAAUAUAUUGGGGUAAUGAGAAGCCUUCAGAUAGUAAUAUUUUUUUAAAAGACUUUUUAGAUGAAAUAAAUGAUCUUAUUUUGAAUGGUAUUAGUAUUGAAGUGUUUGAUAAAAAUAAUAAAUCUAGUAUUGUUAUAAAAAAAGUUAUUAUUGAUGCUUUUUGUUGUGACUCUCCAGCCAAAGCAUUUUUAUUAAAAAUAAAAGGACAUACUGGUUUUUAUUCUUGUACCAAAUGUACAGUAGAAGGCACAUUUCUUCAAAGGCGAGUAUGCUUUCCUAAUUUAAACUGUACUAAAAGGACUCAUAAGGAUUUUGUUGACCAGAAUAAUGAACAAUAUCAUCCAUUUGGAAAUGUGUCAGAAAUAAUAAAUAUACCUAACUUUGAUAUAAUUGAAAAUUUUCCUCUAGACUACAUGCAUUUGGUAUGUUUAGGAGUAGUUAAAAAAAUGCUUAUGUUAUGGAAAGGAAGUGGAGAUAUUGGAAGAGUAAAUGUUAAUAUUCAAAAGAUGCCAUUAAAUGUAAUUAAAAUCAUAUCAACCAGGCUUUUAUUAAUAAAAAAAGAUAUUCCAUGUGAUUUUGGUCGAAAGCCUAGGAGCUUAGAUGAGUUGGCCCGUUGGAAGGCUACCGAGUUUAGGCAAUUUUUGCUUUACACAGGAAUUAUAGUACUUCAUUCAAUUAUACCAAAUGAAGUUUAUGAUCAUUUUUUAUGUUUACAUGUUGCAAUGAUUAUAUUUCUGAGUCCUAAUUAUAACAAUUUGUCAACUUUUGCUAAUUCAUUAUUAACUGAUUUUGUUAACAAUUUUGGAUCACUAUAUGGAGUUCAUUUUAUUUCUCAUAAUAUACAUGGGCUCAUACAUUUAUAUGAUGAUUAUAAAAAGUUUGGGUGUCUUGAUCAAGUGAGUUGCUUCAAGUUCGAAAAUUAUAUGAGCCAGUUAAAAAAAAUGGUACGCAAACAAGAUAAACCCCUUCAACAGGUUGUAAGAAGGUACCAAGAACAUAGCAUACAAAUAGUUAACAAUACAAAUUUAAAUGAUCAACCAAUAUUUGAGAUGUCUCAUAUUGAAGGUCCACUAAUUGAUGGGACAGAUUCACCGCAAUUUAAAGUUCUAAUUUUGGAAAAAAUGAAAAUAAAAAUCCAUUCUGAUGCUGACUCGUAUGUUGGUAUAAAUAUAAAUGGAGCAUUAUAUAUAAUUAAAAUAGUAAAUAUUUGUUAUAGUGUACAUUUAAAAAGAGCGAUUGUGUUGGGUAGAAAGUUUGAAACUCUAGAAAAUUUCUUUAAUCAUCCUUUAGAGAGCUCUAAGUUAGGAAUUUAUAAAGUUAAUGGUUUUUCUAAAGUAAUAUCUGUAUGGAAUAUAUGUGAAAUUACUACUAAAUAUAUUGUUUCAACUACUGACCAAGGGUUCACUGUAGCUAUACCAAUUAUACAUUUUGAAAAUUAG